AUGCAGAAACCAUUUGCCCUUUGUGUCCUAGUGACCACCUACCUGUGCCUGGUGGCUGGGGACGUGGUGUCCAACUUUUACGACAUCCCUGAAUGCUACGAGUCUUUCCACAAGGGAAGGAUUCCUGACCUGGGAAAGGACAGGGCCGAGGUGGUUCACCUCUGCCAUCGUUUCAACAACCAGUACCACUUUGCCACGCUGUACGACACAUAUCACCGUAUAGCGGUCUACUCGGCCUACAUCUUUGAGCCCAGCAAUGGAGGAGGCAGGGAGAAACGCUGGUUCAUUGAGCCCCAGCUGGUGGAUCCCUCAUGGAGUGGGGAAAUGAAAGACGGCUACUGGCUUGGGCAGGACAACCCUGGUAUUUACCUGGGUGAGAGGCAGGCUCUGAAUGAAGACUACACACACUCUGGGUUUGACCGAGGACACCUCAACCCCAACGGUCAUCAUGCUGUUCCAGGACGCAACGCCACAUUCACCCUUACAAAUGUAAUUCCCCAAAAUCCUACUCUCAACCAGAAUGCCUGGCGAAUCCAUGAGUCCAAGCUCACGGAGGAGUUUCAGCGUUGCUGGCAGGCCCAUGUCCUGGUGGGCGCCAUCCCUUCCGAAAACAACUGGAUUAUCAAGAACAACGUCAAGCGUGUCAACAUCCCAGAGUAUAUCUGGAACGCCUACUGCUGCAUGGACCACAAUGGCAGGCCUCUCUUCAGCGGCGGUGCGACGGCCCUUAACACUGAGCAGAACAUUGUGGUGGAACGUACAUUGGAUGAGAUGGUUGACUUCCUCCAGCAGUAUUCCAACACACCUGUGGGGGAGCUGUUCCGCGGACAGUGUCUGGUAUAG